AUGGCGUGACUCAAAGAAAGGUUUCUGUAAAAUUCUAUAAAAGAACAGUUUUGUAUUCAAAUAUACAUGUGAAAUUCAUUCUAAAAUCGUUACAUGGUCCAUCGAGUCGAAUAAUUCUAUCAAAGGAAAGAUGAGUCAACAAACAAAAGAGAAAAAUCGAGAACAGCGCACCGAUCUUACACAAGAAAGCUCAUACACAAAGCUGGAGAAGUCUGUAACAACUAUGAUGGAACACAACCUGGAGAGAUAAAGUUGGAGGGUUUGAAACGAGAUUUAUCGGAGAAACUUACUAUCUUAGAUAAACUGGAUAAUUCAAUAAUUGAAACUGUAGACGAGGAAAAGGAUAUCGAAGGGGAAAUAAACGAAUCAAGCGAAUUUCGAAGAUCUAUUCAUGAAGCAAUAUCGCAAAUAGAUUUAUGUUUGCAGGAACAUAAAGUCAAACAUAAUGGUGGGCAUGAUCCAAAUGGCUCUUUGAGUUCAAGUUCUAUGGUUAACAGUUCAUAUUCUGAUGGCAAGCAAAAUGUUCGCCUACCAAAGCUGAAUUUAAAACAUUUUAAAGGAGAUCCAAUCAAAUUUCAAGCAUUCUGGGACUCAUUUGAAACCACAAUUCAUAAUAAUGAGGAUGUAUCGGAUGUGAAUAAAAUGAGUUAUUUGGUUAGUUUACUGGAGGGACCAGCUUAUUCGGCUGUAGCUGGCCUUUCGCUUACAAGUGCAAAUUAUAAAACUGAAGUAGAUACAUUGAAAGAACGAUUCGGUUGUGAAGAAGUAGUUAUAUCGGCCCACAUGGAUGCCCUACUUAAAUUGCCAGGAGCUAAUACAAAUUCAGAUACAAAGAAAUUAAGAGGAAUAUAUGAUGAAGUAGAGCAACAUGUACGUGGUUUGAAAGCAGUCGGAAUUAGCAGUAAGCAGUAUGGAAAAUUACUUGUUCCUAUUUUGAUGAAUAAAAUCCCUCAAGAAUUGCAACUGAUAAUAACAAGGAAAUUGGGAAAGGAAAAAUGGGAUUUAGAUGCAUUACAGAAUACUUUCAAGGAGGAACUGGAAGCUAGAGAGAUGUGCGAAUUCGUGACAGCUUCAAGGAAUAAUAAUAAAGGGAAAGGUGGGGUGGUCGAGGGUAUCCAACUACGGCAGAGGCAUUACUAGCUCAAGGUCAGUAUGAGAGAAAAGGGGGUGGCAUAACAUGUACGUACUGUCGCGGUAGUCAUCCUAGUGCUCAAUGCCAUGUGAUAACUGACGUGCAGGCCAGAAGAGAAGUUCUUGAUCAAGAGCAAAGAUAAAUGUUACAAUUGUUUAAGGGCAGGACGCAUCAGUUAUCAAUGCCAGUCAACCACAAAAUUUUAUGUUUGUGGAUACAGGCAUCAUAUCAGUAUAUGUCCAAGGAGGGCCCAUCCAUCAAAUUUCCCAAAGAAGAAUGAUUCUUCACAGUCUCCACCAGGUCCCCCAGAUUCACCCAAAUCCAAUCCUACAGCAACUGUAUUCUCAGAUACAGAAGAGGGAAUUUUAUUGCAAACUGCCACAGCUCCUGUGUGUAAUCCUAGACGUCCUGAAAAGAUCGUGAGUGCACGAAUUCUAUUUGACAGUGGGUCUCAGAAAACUUAUAUUUCAAAGCGGUUAAAAGAUGCCCUCGGUUUGUCUCCAUUAAAAUCGGACAGACUUAUUAUUAAAACAUUCGGUACGGCGGGAGAAAUGGUGAAAACCUGUGAAGAAGUUCAAGUUAGUGUACAGGGAAAUCGAGAUUUGAAUCUUUAUCUGACAGCACAUUGUGUGCCAAUUAUAUGUGCCCCUUUGCAAAAUCAAAGAAUUGAAGUAGCAGUGCGAGAAUUUCCUCAUCUAGAAGGUUUAGAGUUAGCUGAUUCUGUCCAUGAUAAAUCAGAAUUAGAAGUUGAUCUGUUAGUUGGGUCAGAUUUCUAUUGGCAGUUUAUGACUGGAAGAGUCCAAAAGGGGGAGGCUGGGCCCACUGCAAUUGAGUCGCACUUGGAGUGGAUUUUAUCUGGUCCAUCAAGCUCUGUUACUUGUUAA